UUUCAUUUUCCUAUCUUUGUGUUCACUCUCAAGCUUUUUCCUCUCUUGUAUUCACUCUCAAGUUUUUUGCUUUUCCUCUCUUGUAUUCACUUUCUAGUUUUUUUCGACCAAUUUUUACUCCAACAAAUUUCAUCUACUUGCUCCAUUCCUCCUCAGCACUCAUUUUCUCCUACCAUUGUUUCCUUGUAAAUCUAGUCCACAAAAGAAUUUUUUUUUUGUACAAUUCAAACUUGAGAGGAUCUAGGGAAAGACACAAGAGGCUGUUUUUCUUUAUUAGACUAGCCAGUGAAGAAUUAAUUAAGGAGAUGGCUAUGGAAAUCGUAACUGCGAUUUUGAGCCCAGUCGCAGAACAUUUGAUACUGCCAGUUGCGCGACAGAUUGGGUAUGUGAUUUACUAUAGGCGCAACAUCACAUCUUUGGAAAUUGAAAAUAGGAAGCUGAAAGGUAUCAGAAAUGGGGUGCAACACAGAAAGGAUGCUACCGAGAGAAACUCAGAAUGCUUGCCACCCUAUGUUGAGAAUUGGUUAACUAGUGUUGAUGGAACUACUGCUGAGGUGAAGGUUGUACUAGGACGUAGGGUUGAGGUUGAAAGAGGUUGCUUCUACGGUUGGUGUCCAAACUUGAAGUCACGUCACUCGCUGAGCAGGAAAGCUAAGAAAUUUGUACUGGCUAUGAAUGAUCUUCAAAAGGAAGGCAAAGAUUAUGCUCCUUUAUCCUGUCCAGCACCAUCUGCAGUUGAAAUUGAAGCUAUACCUAGUAACAGUAAUGGGGAGUUCGACUCUAGAAAACAGAAGGCGGAAGAGGUCAUGGAAGCUUUGAGAGGUGUUGGUAAAACAACACUGGCUGAGAAAGUAAGAGCAAGGGCAAAACAAGAAGGGUUGUUUAAUGAUGUUGUCAUGGUAACUGUCAGUCAACAACAAGACAUUAAAAAAAUACAGGGUGGGAUGGCCCGAGGAGUCGGUCUGACAUUAGAAGGGGACGAUUUGUUACAGCGUGGAGAUCGGCUGCGUGCAAGGUUAAUGCAGAAGGACAGCCGCGUCCUUGUAAUUCUGGAUGAUGUUUGGAUGGUUGUUGAUCUAAAGAGAGUUGGAAUUCCCACGGGUAGCAACCACAACUAUCGGUGCAUAGUGGCAUCGACGACACGCCGCCAAGAUGUUUGUGUCAAUAUGGAUGCUCAGAAGAUUGUAGAUGUUGGAAUAGAAGCAUGGGUCCUUUUUAGCCAGAAGUCCAGUUAUUCAGCUGACAAUCCCUCUCUUCCUGAAGUAGCAAAAGAUGUUGCCAAUGAAUGCAAGGGGCUGCCGCUUGCAAUUGUUACUGUUGCAGGAGCGCUAAAGGGCAAAGCCACACCUUCGUGGGAGGCUGCCCUUAAACAAUUGCAGGAUGCAGAACCAAGAAAUAUCUAUGGAAUGGACAUAGAGGUAUAUAAACAUCUGAAGCUAAGCUAUGAUUUCUUGGAAAGUCAUAAAGUCAGGUAUCUGUUUUUGCUCUGUUCUUUGUUUCAAGAAGACAGUGAUAUUUGGACUGGAGAAUUACUUACAUAUGGAGUGGGGCUUCACAUCUUUUCUAAAACUGUAAAAGAUAUGAAACAUGCAAGAGAUAUGGUGUGUCUUCUGUUAGAAACACUCAGAGAUAGUUUCUUGCUAUCCCAAGGUUCAGACAAAGAUUAUGUCAAAAUGCAUGAUGUGGUCCGUGACGUGGCUAUGGACAUUGUAUCUGAGGGCGAUCAUAUUUUUAUGGUAAGUCAUGAUGUGACCUCAAAAGAGUUCCCAAGAAAAGACUCUUACGAGCAAUACAGUCACAUGUCAAUUGUUGCAAGUGAAUUUGAUGAACUUCAUAAACCAAUAUCUUGCCCACGACUGAAGCUUCUGGUGUUAAAACUCUGUUUCGAAGAUGGUUUCAAAUUACAGGAUGAUUUUUUUGAUGGAAUGAGUGGUCUCAAUGUCUUAAGCCUGAGUGGAUAUGAUCGAAACUCCAUUCUGCCCUUUCCAUCAUCCAUUCAGAGGUUGUCAAAUCUGAGGACGCUAUAUCUGAGUAAUUUAAGAUUGGAUGACAUAUCCAUUAUUGGUGAACUUGUCACCUUAGAAAUUCUCAGCAUCAGAGAUUCUUACUUAGAGGAGCUUUCAGUGGAGAUAAGAAACUUGACCAAUCUAAUUGUGUUAGAGUAUUGGAAUCCUUGGUGGAGUGGACGUAUGAGGAUUUCACCAGGGGUCUUGUCAAAACUAGUUCGAUUGGAGGAACUACACAUGCUGGAAGUAGAAGAUUGUAGUUACUCCACCUUGACGGAACUGGAAUCCUUAUCGAGAUUGACUGCACUGACAUUUGAUGAAUGUUCCGUAGAUGUGAUUUACAGUAACUUGGGCCUUUCCUCCAAGUUGACACGGUACGCUCUUAAAGUGGGUGGAGGCUUCCUGUAUACUUCAAUCAUGAAACCUUACAACAAGAUUAUCGCUCUAGACGUCACCGAGAGCACCCAAUUGGGUGAUUGGAUCCGCCUCCUGCUGAGGAAUAGCGAAUUUGUAAGUUCAAGAGGGAAGGGCUCGAAGAACGUAUUGGUCGAGUUGCAGAAUGUGAAAGAUCUCAGGCUGGCUGAUUGUGAUUUAUUGAAUUUCCACUGUCUGAAUAAUAUUCUAUUCACCAGACUCGAAAGGCUUGAGCUUGAUAAUCUGGGCUGCUUCACACACUUUUGCAGUGACACCGUUGAGGGCAUUGAGUUCCCUCUGUUACGGGAAAUGAAUUUCUGGGGAUUAACAGAGUUCCAAAAUUUCUGGCCUACAGACAACAAUGCUAUCACCGACUUAAAUCCCCUUUUUAAUGAAAAGGUUUGCUUCUACAUGUAAAAGUUUUUAUUUGAAGGGUUUUUAUGAAUUACAUAUUUUAGCUUUAACUUGAGCAAUCAUAUUUAUGAAUUACCUAUUUAUAAUAUGUUACGGUUCUUGUUCAAAUUUUGUGGCUCAAUUAUACUU